AUAUCAUCAACUUUACCACAUAAAGUACCCAAGAAUAUAAAUAGAGGAUAACCAACUUUUUGUUUUAAAGAAAUGGGUGUUAUAGAUAUGGUCUUGUUUUGGGUGUUAUUGGUCAAUGCCCUUCUCAUUGUUGAUGCCUCUUCAAGAAAUAUGCCAUUUGCUUACCAAAAUGAAAUGCAAAGGCAUUGUAGCUCCACAAAGUACACCUCACUCUGUGUCCAAAACUUACGAGAGUUUCGACAUGGAUCUCUUGACGGUCUCGACUUUGUGUCUUUUCUUGUUAACAAGACUAUCUCUGAUUCCAAUCUGCUAAUUCCACCUCUCUCCUCGUCGAUGGGUUCCUCCAAACUUGUUUCUCUGGAAGAUUCCACUUAUACGUUGCCUUCACCUUCGGUCUCAGAUUCUUGUGAACGGCUCAUGAAAAUGUCCACAAGACGACUUAGGCAAGCCAUGGAAGCUCUCAAUGGCUCAUCGAGAAAGCGUCACACCAAACACGAUGUCCAAACAUGGCUCUCCGCUGCCAUGACUUUCCAACAAGCUUGCAAAGACUCCAUCCUUGACUCCGGUGGCUCCUCCUCCGCCUCUGCCAUCAGCCACAUAUCACAGAAAAUGGAUCACCUAUCUCGACUGGUCAGCAACUCCCUGACUCUGGUCGACACAAUCAUGAAGAAUCCAAAACCAAAGACAAAGUCAACCGCUCUUCCCCGGUGGGUCACUGCCGGAGAACGGAGACUUCUAGUAGGUAGAGCAAGAGCACACGUGGUAGUCGCCAAAGACGGUUCCGGAGAUUACCGCACCGUGAUGGAGGCUGUCACGGCUGCCCAUGGAAAUGGUAGGUUCAUAAUUUACGUGAAAAGAGGGGUUUACAAAGAGAAAGUAAUAAUCCAUAAACAUGAGAUUACUUUGAUCGGAGAAGGCAAAGACCUGACGGUGAUUGUUGGCGAUGAUAGUGCCACCGGAGGAACUUCUGUCCCGGACACCGCUACAAUGACGGUUACGGGUGACGGAUUCAUUGCACGUGAUAUCGGAAUCAAGAACAUAGCAGGGCCUAGAGGACAUCAAGCCAUAGCAUUAAGCAUCACAUCAGACCAAUCAGUGUUAUACCGAUGUAGCAUCUCCGGUUAUCAAGACACACUUUACGCAGCUGCCUUGCGUCAGUUCUAUAGAGAAUGUGACAUUUAUGGAACUAUAGAUUUCAUAUUCGGAAACGCAGCUGCUGUUUUCCAAAGCUGCAACAUAUUCUUGCGUCGCCCUCAUGGUGUCAAGGCCUAUAAUGUUAUUCUUGCUAACGGGAGGACGGACCAACGUCAAAAUACCGGAUUUGCACUUCAUAGUUGUAGGAUCAGGACAGACUCAGAUCUUUCGCCCGUGAAACAUAAGUAUAGCUCUUACUUAGGACGCCCGUGGAGAAAGUAUUCGAGGGCUAUAGUGAUGGAAUCAUAUAUUGACGACGCGAUCGCGGAGGGAGGAUGGGCCGGGUGGUUAGACUCCGGAGACGAAGUACUAAAGACGUUGUAUUUUGGAGAGUUCAAGAAUUAUGGUCCUAAAGCUAGAAUUUCCAAGAGAGUGACGUGGGAAGGGUUUCAUUCGAUUGGGUUUGAAGAAGCAAAUUAUUUUAGCGUCGGUAAAUUCCUAGAUGGAGUUUCUUGGUUGCCCUCUACGGGAGUUCGUUUCACUUCCGGGAUUUAGUGAAAAAAAGUAAAGAGAAGAAAUGGAGAAGACGUCACUAAUGGUUUUAAGUAUAAGUUUAAGAUUAAGAUACAAAUUUAGAGUUUUUACACCAAAAAAAAAGAUACAAUUUAGAGUUAACCAUCGAAUGUAAAUUCAAUUUGGUAUGGUCAUGAAUAUAUUUGAAACUUAAAUGUAAGACUUUCUUCUUUUUCUUUUGGUCAAACAAAUGAAAGAGCAUACCAAAUUGUUAGUGA